AUGACUACUAUCAAAGGCCCCGGCGCUGCCCAGACCCUCGAUGGCUCUGGACUUCGCGUAGCGAUUGUGCACGCCCGAUGGAACACCGUCAUCAUCGACCAACUCGUCGCAGGCGCCAAGAAGAACCUCCUCGCCGCCGGCGUGACAGAGGACAACAUCACAGUCCAGACCGUCCCCGGCAGCUACGAGCUGCCUCUCGCAGUGCAACGCCUCUACGCCGCCUCCCAGAUCCAGGCUACCUCCUCCGGCGAGGGCAUCAGCGCAACUGACCUGCUGUCAUCGUCCACGACUGAUCUGUCGCAGACGACUGCUUCGAACAAGAAGCCUUUUGAUGCGAUCAUUGCUAUUGGUGUGCUGAUCAAGGGCGCGACUAUGCACUUUGAAUAUAUCGCGGAUGCUGUUAGCCAUGGGUUGAUGCGCGUUCAGCUUGAUUCGGGCGUUCCGGUUAUCUUUGGAUUGUUGACUGUUUUGACUGAGGAGCAGGGAUUGGAGAGGGCUGGACUUACAGAUAGUGGUAUGCACAACCAUGGUGAGGAUUGGGGAAGUGCGGCUGUCGAGUUGGGUUUGAAGAGGAGGGAUUGGGCUGAGGGCAAGAUCCUCUGA